CAAAGUCGUUCUGUUUUUCCCCUUUCCGAAAACGACAUAGCUGUCUCCUCACUCCCCUGUUUCAUCUCCUUCGCAGCCCCUCUCUACGCCCACGCUCUUCCAUUUCCAGAAGGCCGUUUCUACCUUCAAGGUGACAACGACAUCACAGCCGGCCUAGCUCUUCUCCUUCGACGCAACAGACCCAACUUCCAUUGCCUUAGCUGCUUUCGAGGUAUUUUCUCUUCAUCGGCGUCACCAUCAUUUCUUGGGCCAGGAACUUAGGUUAGGUUCUCCAGUCUCGGGGAUCUCGUGUCCUCAAUUUAAACCUGAAGCCAUCAAGCCGAUAGAGAAUUUUACUCAACAGUAUUCAUAGCCAAAGCCAGAGAAAUGGUUCGUAAACGUUUUCAAGAAGCCAAAACAGGCUUUGAAUGUCUUAAAUCGGUGAAUUACGACAAGUACCUCAGGAAAGUAGGAUUGGGAAAAGAAGACUGGUACUUUUGGAAGCAAGUGGGCAAGGCUUUGCUCUGCACCUACACACUAUUUGGGGCUGCGUGGCUCUACAACGAAACGUCGCCACUUGGUUGGUGGACUCUAAAGCCAAGGCCAAAGGAGGAGCGAGAGCUAGCUCACUUGUAUGAGAGGCGGGAGUUUCCAUAUCCAGGUGACACAGAAGCCAUGGAAGAGUUCAUUGCCAAGGGAGGAAUGAUCGGCACGACAAUUGGACCCAAGGGGAUUGUGGAAACAGAUAAAGAUGCAUAUAAUUAUCAGAAAGAGUUGCAGAACAAGAAGUUUGAGCAAGAGGCACUGAAGCUGUGGGUGAGGAUGAGGAAUGAAGUCAUACAAGAGCUUCAAGGCAAAGGGUAUGAUGUUGAAUGAGAAGCCAAAGGGGACAAUCAUGGGAUGGGAGUAAAGUGUUUGUUGGACGUUUUUCUAUAAAGCUGUUUGUGGGUUUGGGUUUGUGUAUAUUUGAAUGCCUAAUGAAUGUUUGCAUGAUACUACUGAAUUGUGCACUCUUGUCUGGCAUGACUUUCACCAGAAUAAUGAUUCAAAUGGAAAAGAGACAAACUUUGUGUUAAAAGUGCAUUAGCAUGCAUGGUCUGAUGAGUAAUUGUAACAGCAGAGUCCCUGUUAUUAACUGUGGUGUACCGUGUAUUAAUAAUGGGUAGUCAAUUGCAUCUUAUUGCCUCAA